AUGCUUUCCAUAUUGGGAAGUAAUGUGAAUUCACACCAGCAAUUAUUUUUACUAAAGUUGGUGAUUCUCACGCUCUCAUGUAUUGUGGCAUUUGCUUCUCGAUUAUUUGCUGUUAUUAGAUUUGAAUCUGUCAUUCAUGAAUAUGAUCCAUAUUUUAAUUAUAGAACAACUCAAUAUUUUGCAGAGCAUGGUUUUUAUAAAUUUCAUAAUUGGUUUGAUGAUCGAGUAUGGUAUCCUCUUGGACGUAAUGUUGGUGGAACAAUAUUUAAUGGAUUAAUGAUUACAUCAACUGUUAUAUAUCGUAUUUUACAUUUUCUUAAUAUUAAUAUACAUAUAAGAGAAGUAUGUGUAUUUCUUGCUCCAUUGUAUUCAAUGUUUACAGUAUUAGCAACAUAUGGACUUACAAAAGAAUGUUUUAAUGAAGGUUCUGGUUUAAUUGCUGCAGCUUUUAUUGGAAUUGCACCAGGAUAUAUUUCACGUUCUGUGGCUGGAUCGUAUGAUAAUGAAGGAAUUGCCAUCUUUUGUAUGAUUUUUACAUAUUACUUAUGGAUCAAAGCAAUAAAAACAGGUUCAAUUGGAUGGGCUGUUUCCGCUUCAUUAGCUUAUUAUUAUAUGGUUUCUUCAUGGGGUGGAUAUGUUUUUCUUAUUAAUCUUAUUCCUCUUCAUGUUCUUUUCCUCAUGAUUACAGGAAGAUUCACUUCAAAGAUAUAUACAGCAUAUUCAGUUUUUUAUAUUCUAGGAAUAUUAAUGUCAAUGCAAAUUCCUUUCGUUGGAUUCCAACCAGUGUCAACCUCUGAACAUCUAGGAGCUUUCGGAGUUUUUGGUUUGUGUCAGCUCCUUGCCUUUGCCAGUUACUUACAAUCAAAACUUUCACCUGAAAAUUUUUUGCUUAUUUGCAAAACAUUGAUUGGUACAAUUGCUUCCGUUUUUUGUCUUUUGGUACUUUUGGCUACAGUUCUUGGAAAAGUUGCACCUUUUGCAGGUCGUUUCUAUUCAUUCUUGGAUCCUUCAUACGCAAAAAAAAAUAUUCCAAUUAUUGCUUCUGUUUCAGAACAUCAACCAACUGCAUGGGCAUCUUAUUAUUUUGAUUUACAGUAUCUUAUGUCUCUUGCACCUGUUGGUAUUUACUUUUGUUUUAAAAAACUUACAAGUGAAAAUAUAUUUUUAAUUUUAUAUGCAACUACUGCUAUUUGGUUUUCUGGUGUCAUGGUUAGAAUGAUGUUAAUUCUUACACCUAUUAUUUGUAUUAUGGCUGGUAUAGGAAUUUCAGGUACACUUAUUCCAUUUUUAAAAAAUGAUGAAGAGGAACAUGUACAGGUUAAAGAGGAAAAGAAAUCUUCAAAGAAAGAAAAAAAAGGAGAGGAUAGUAAUUAUAGAAAAGAAUUCUCUGUCUUUGCUAUUGGUUUUGUGUUCUUCUUCCUUGUAACUUUUGCUUAUCAUUGUACUUGGGUAACGUCUGAAGCUUACUCAUCUCCAUCAAUUGUUCUUGCAGCUCGUGGUCCAUAUGGAACAACAUUAUUUGAUGAUUUCAGAGAGGCAUAUUAUUGGUUACGAAAAAAUACUCCUAGUGAUGCAAAAAUUAUGUCAUGGUGGGAUUAUGGUUAUCAAUUAGCAUCAAUUGCUGAUUCUGUGACAAUUGUUGAUAAUAACACGUGGAAUAAUACUCAUAUUUCUCGAGUUGGGCAAGCACUAGCAUCAAAUGAAUCACAUGCUAUUGAGAUUAUCAGAGAGUUAGAUGUUGAUUAUGUUCUUGUUAUCUUUGGUGGCUAUUCUGGUUAUUCAUCUGAUGAUGGUAAUAAAGCUGUUUGGUUCUUUAGGAUAGGUAGUUCUACACCUUCUGGUGCACAUAUCAAAGAGAAUGACUAUUAUAAUAGUCGUGGUGAAUAUACAAUGGGUCAUGAUGUAUCUGAUACUAUGAAAAAUUCUGUGAUUUACAAACUUUUAUACUAUCGUUUUGGUAGUAUUCCAACUGGUCAUGGUGUAUUUGGUUAUGAUCGCACUAGAAAUGUCGAGAUAGGACAUAAAAAUUUUGAACUUGAACAUUUCGAGGAAGCUUUUACAUCAGAACAUUGGAUUGUUAGAAUUUAUAAAGUAAAACCUAUGAAUAACAGGGGUACUUCAUUUUAG